AUGGGCCACCCUCUUUCGUGUUUCACAGGUGCCGAACGUGGCGACGCUCCCGACACCGCUCACCCUGCAAGCCUCCCACCUCCCGAAUCCGUUGCGUCUCUCCAGAGCCAGGACGGCCCAAAACAGGUUGGAAAGGGUCAGUGUGGUACAGUCUGGGCUUUGAUGGAUCUGGUCUUGAAAGUUCCCAACGAGGGUAAACAGGAUCAGCUCUGGAACGAUAGCUGCAACCACAGGAAGGCAGAGGAUGCACUUCACCAGGCGCCCUGGGAACUCACGGCAGACAUCAACAUACCUCGUUGGAGUAACUGGGUUCAGCCCUCCGAGGCGACGUUCUGGAACGAGUUUCGCAGCUGGUUUCCCGAAGACUUCCAGCCAACCUGUGGCAUUCUGUCGACCAGAAUCCACCCUCUACCUCCGCGGGUCCGCGAGGCCAUCGUGGACCUGUUCGCUCCUCAACCCAUCAAAGACAACAAGACGAAUUUCCUGGCGCUCCCGGAAAACCACGACUGCUUGGUCCGGCUGUACUUGGGUCGACGAGCCGAGCGAUCAGCGUCCGCCUCGUUCCGACUGUGCAACUUCGACCUCAUGGUCAAUGAAAUGGAGUACCUGCAACUUGAUACGGGUACCUGGGCCAAUGUCAUGGCUCAAACGCUUGCAAUACUGCACUGGAGGGCACAGAUUGAUGCCAACGACGUUGAAUUUGUCUUGGGAAGGACUCCGCAAGUCGACGGCGAGCCGAUAGCUCCGCGCUUAGAGAGCAGGCGCUGUGAGCUUGCGGACUUCCCCAACAUUUUCAGGUCUGCGUUGCAUCAACGGUCCAUGGGCAUCUGGCUGUUGGAUUUUGACCAAUGUCAGCCAUUCCCAGAUUCUCCAGCGGGUGUGAAACAGCUACAAAGAGCUUUCUAUUUCAACGAUCCAUAUUACCCUCGACCGGUUUCGAAGCACCCCAACGACAUGGCCUUGUGGGAGACCUUCAAGGCCACUUAUCUUCAAGCCAGUGCAUCCCUCACGAAGAGCGAAAUGCCGGGACUGUUUAUAGAAGCAGUCGAGGAAGAAGGCCGACGGCGUGGUGCCGGAGGUUCUCUCUUCCAAUAG